CAGCAAUACGCCAGUGAUGCGUCUAGUCCGCCUAAUUCAAUGAGGAAGAAGAAAGUAACUCAUUGUUUCUGCCGGAACUUCACAGUGUGACACCCGGCGGAUGUGAACAAAGAAGCAUGAGCAGAGUUAGCUUCACUGCUGUGUGGACUGAGCUAUAAAACGGCUGUAUUAUCGUAUGAAUGAGAAAUAUCAGAGCGAUAAAGUAACGAUGUGUUCAGUUGAGUAUCUGAGAGAGUUGAUCAGCGACAGACUAGCUGCUGCUGCUGGAGAAAUAUUCUCAGAGUUUGAAAAAACCAUCGUCCAGUACCAGGAGGAGAUCGAUCGUCAGCGCAGACUGCUGGAUGUCCUCUGGAAACCACACAUCCCCUUACAGCCCAUAGAGCUCCCACAGUCUUAUGUCUGUGACAAUGAGAAGACUGUCGUUGACCAUCAGCCCCAUGACCAGGAGAGAAACUCCAUGGUGGACCAUCAGGACCCAGAGCCUCUACGGAUUAAAGACCAGCAGGAGGAACUCUGCACCAGUUGGGACCAAUCAAACCCAGAGUUUUCUCAAAUUAAAAUUAAACAGGAAGAAUUGUGCACCAGUGUGGACCAAUUAAACCCAGAGAUUUCUCAAAUUAAAAUGGAACAGGAAGAAUUGUGCACCAGUCUGGACCAAUUAAACCCAGAGUUACCACAAAUUAAAGUGGAACAGGAUGAAAUCUGCUCCAGUCAGGAGGAAGAGUUAAUUGGAUUGAAACAGGAGACUGAUACCUUUGAGGUGACUCCUGCUGAUGAGGAAAGUCACCACAGUGAACCAAAACCAAACAAUGAUCAGCUCCUGUUUCACAUCUCUUGUGUAGCUGAGAGCCCAGAUCAGGAAGGAAGCAAGGAUGUAGACUCAGGAUCAACUGGAUGUAUCGAGCAGAAACCAAGACAUCAGAGUAACAGCAGUCACAGUAAUGAUGUAGACAAUGAUCCAUUGACAGCGAGACAGUGUGAUAAUGACAAGGCAAGAAAAUCUGCAACAUGCGAGAUCUGUGCAAAAGCUUUUAGCAAUAAAUCAGUUUUAAUCAAACAUCACAGAACCCACACAGGUGAGAAGCCAUAUGCUUGUGAAACCUGUGGAAAAGGCUUUAGUCGACGGACCCAUUUGACUGCCCACAUGAGACGUCACACAGGUGAGAAGCCGUUUCUAUGUGGCACAUGUGAAAAAAGCUUUAGUCGACGGGACUAUUUGACUGACCACAUGAGAUGUCACACAGGUGAGAAGCCGUAUGUUUGUAAUACUUGUGGGAAAAGAUUUUCUGUUUCAUCAGUACAUAGAAGGCACAUGGCAGUUCACAAAAUGGGAAAGCCAUAUUCUUGUGGAACCUGUGGAAAAAGCUUUAGUCAUCGGUCCUAUUUGACUGCCCACAUGAGAUGUCACACAGGUGAGAAGCCGUAUUCUUGUGGCACCUGUGGAAAAAGCUUCCGUCGACGGACCCAUUUGACUAGACACAUGAGAUGUCACACAGGUGAGAAGCCAUAUUCUUGUGGAACCUGUAAAAAAAGCUUCAAACAUAGUUGUCGAUUAAAAGCACACAUGAGAAUCCACACAGCUGAGAAGUCGUGAUCCUGAAACAUCUGUGGAAGACAUAAUGUCAGAACUAAUCUUGAAACAACAUGGAAGAAUUGGUACAGGUUAAAAGUAGAUGUUUUAGAUUCAAAGCACCUUUAGUCUGUGCUUCAACAAUUGUGAGGAAGUAUGUAAGCAAUCCUUGAUGAUUAGACCAGAUGGAGUCUGGACUGUGGUGGUGGUGGAGCAGGCAGAAGAACCAAACUGAAUGUCUGGAUGGAUAUGGUAUUGGUACAGACUGCUACAUUUCUGCUAUCAUGACAUCCUUCAUCAGCAGAGCAGUGAUUGGACAUAUUGUGAAGCUGUUUGGAACAUUUUCACAUCCUGCUGAGAGAACAUGGCUGUUCAGGUGUGAACAUACUGCUGGAAUCCACUCAGCUUGAGCUCUGCUGUCUUUAAAGUAAAAGGAGGCAACGAGAUACAGAGACAUUGUGACAGUAGGACACAACAGAGUGUGUCACUGCAGCAGAGGAGAUCUGGACAUGAAAUAAAGUUGUAAUAAAAUGUC